AUGACUGAAGAAGGGUCUAGAAAGGAUUUAAUGUUUGUUGUAGAAAGAAGAGAUCGUAAUACUCUACAUCCUCUCCUAGUUGAGCAUAUUGAUUUAAAAAAUAUUAUUCAUUGUGAUAAGUGGUGGGAAUAUUCAGGAUUAAAUGCCGUAUUUCAUAAUCAUAAGAUCGUAAAUCACUCUGAAAAUUUUGUUGACUUUAAGACUCAUUCUAAUACUCAAUUAAUUAAGUGUAUUUGGGUCAUAUUAAAUUGA